GUCGUGUUGUUGUUGUCUAGCCAAUUAGGAAGGCCUGAGUUGGUUUGGGAAAAAACAUGGAAACACUUGAGCGAUGACAUCCAAUACAGACAGAGGCUGCUAUUUCAGUUUCCAGAUUUGAUUUUGUCAGAAGAUGAAUUACAAAAAUUAACUCUUGCCGAGAUUGAUAAAUUGUUGCGUAGAAAUGGAAAGAGCUUGAGUGAUUUUCCGACAAUGCCUCAACCAGACACAUCAAUCAUUUCUGAAUCUGAAAAUAGGCUAUUACUGGAUGAAUUGAAUUAUGACCGGACAAAAUUAGCAGCAGAGCACAUUCAGUUGAUGUCCACAAUGACUUCUGAACAGAGAAGCAUAUACGACACAAUUAUGGAAUGUAUCAAGGAUGAUAACGGGGGUUUGUUUUUCCUUUAUGGUUAUGGUGGAACAGGAAAAACCUUCAUUUGGAGGGCUAUAUCUGCAUUUUUAAGAUCUAAAGGUGAAAUCGUAUUGACAGUGGCAUCCAGUGCAAUAGCUGCCUUGCUUAUCCCAGGUGGCCGGACAGCUCAUUCCAGAUUUGCCAUCCCUCUUGACAUCAAUGAAGAUUCUACAUGUAACAUUAAGCAAGGCAGUCAUUUGGCAGAAUUGAUAAUAAAAUCAAAGCUCAUCAUAUGGGAUGAAGCUCCAAUGGCCCACAAGCAUUGCUUUGAAGCGGUUGAUAGGACAUUCCGAGACAUUCUCAGAUUUAGCCGAGGCGAUAGUUUGGAACGUCCAUUUGGAGGAAAGGUAGUUGUUUUCGGAGGUGAUUUUAGGCAAAUACUCCCAGUCAUACCGAAGGCGACACGACAACAAGUAGUUCAAGCUACAAUUAAUGCCUCUUAUCUUUGGCAGUUCUGUCGGGUUCUCACAUUGACAAAAAAUAUGAGGUUACAAAGUGGUGCUGCGGAUUGUGAUGUCAAUGCAAUCAAGCAAUUUUCUGAUUGGACGCUCAAAGUUGGGAAUGCAACCAUUGGCAAUGUCAUUGAUGGAGAUGAUGUUGUUGAUAUUCCGGAUGACAUGCUUAUUGCUACUACAGGUGACCCUCUUGCUUCUAUUGUUGAAAGCACGUAUCCUUCCCUGUUGGAAAAUAUGAGUGAUCCAACAUUUUUCCAGCAUCGGGCUAUUUUGGCACCGAGGAAUGAUGUGGUUGACACUAUAAAUGAUUACAUGAUAUCACUGAUGCCCGGAGAGAUGAAAACAUAUCUGAGUUUUGAUCGCCCGUGUUCUCAAAAUGGUACUCUGGGUAGUGCCGAUGAUGUGCAUACACCAGAGUUCCUUAACACCAUUAAUGCUUCGGGGAUACCAAAUCAUAAAUUGUGCCUCAAGGUCGGUGUUCCAAUUAUGCUAAUAAGGAAUAUAGACCAAUCUAAUGGCUUAUGCAAUGGGACGCGCUUAAUUGUUACUCAAAUGGGUACUCAUGUUUUGGAGGCGAAGGUUAUAACUGGCACUCGGUUAGGGGAAAGGGUUUUUAUUCCUAGACUAUCUUUGAUCCCAUCUGAUAGCCGAAUUCCUUUUAAGUUUCAGCGGCGCCAAUUCCCCGUGGUUGUUUCUUUUGCAAUGACGAUAAACAAAAGUCAAGGACAAUCGUUGAAACAAGUUGGGCUUUAUCUUUCAAAACCAGUUUUUUCCCAUGGACAAUUGUACGUUGCCGUGUCGAGGGUGACAUCAAGGGAGGGAUUAAAAGUUCUCAUUUGUGAC